GUUAAUUGUCGCGGACGAAAUCGCCAACGGCAUUUUGGGGUCCCUCGUGGCAAUUACUGCCACCUGUGCCUGCGUGCACCCUCCAGAGGCGCCCUUAAUUGGGGCCGUGGGUGCUAUUCUUGCUUUGCUGGUGAAUGACUGGAUUGCGCGCCUGAAACUCGACGACCCUGUCGGUGCAGUCGGUGUGCAUGGCGCGGCAGCAGCAUGGGGAGUGCUUGCAGUAGGUCUCUUCGCUGAUGGGGCGCUGCCCGGCAUCGAGGUAGCCAGCGGGCUCUUCCGAGGUGGAGGUGUGCACCUAUUGGGCGUGCAACUGCUCUUG